UCGGACAUCGCUAGACGCUAACUCAAUCUGGAAACAGCUUGUUCAACGUUGUUCAGCAUUAUCAGUUAUGGAGGUCACCGGUCCUGAUAGUGAUUGGAGGAGUCCAGCCUUUCGACAGAAAGUAGUGGCCCAAAUAGAUGAAGCCAUGAGAAAAGCAGGAACUGCUCACACAAAGUCCAGUACUGACAUGGAGAACCAUGUUUUUAUCAAGGCAAAGACCAGAGAGGAGUAUUUGUCUUUAGUUGCAAGACUGAUAAUUCAUUUUAGAGACAUUCAUAAAAAGUCUCAAGGUGGGCCUGACCCUAUGAAUGCCCUGCAAAGUAUACCAGGAGUGGGUGGAGGUGGACCUGGAGUUAUUGGCAUUGGACCACGGCCCCCUGGUGCACAAAUGGGUGGUAUGGGGCCAAUGCAAAUGCAAAUGGGUCAACAUGCCAUGCAGGGAGGCCAGCAGGCUGCAGGUGCUGCCGGGCAGAUGCCUAUGAUGCAACAGCAGCAGCAGCAGCAGCAGCAGCAGUCCAUUCAAUUUCAGCAGUUUCAGUCGCAGCAACAGGCAGCCAUGCAGGCUCAGCAGCCAGCAGCUAUGCAGCCGAAUGCCAUGCAAUUCCAACAGAUAAGGCAACACCAUCAGAAUCAACAAAUGCAGCAUCAGAAUCAACAACAGCAGCAGGCCCAGACUCAGCAGCAACAACAGAACCAGUUGCACCAAACAAGAAUGCAGCAGCAGCAGCAGCAGUUAGCACAAAUGCAGCAACUGCAACAGCAGCAGCAGCAGCAACUGCACCAACAACAGGCCCAAGCUCAGGCCCAAGCUCAGGCUCAAGCUCAGGCUCAAGCUCAGGCUCAAGCCCAGGCCCAGGCUCAAGCUCAGGCCCAGGCUCAAGCUCAAGCCCAAGCUCAAGCCCAGGCUCAAAUGCAGCAGCAACAGCAGCUUCAAGCCCAGGUCCAGGCUCAGGUCCAAGCCCAGGUCCAAGCUCAAGGUCAAGCCCAGGUGCAGGCUCAGGGAGUGGCCGGUCAGAUGCCCCCUCAUUCGCAGCAGCAGCAAGUCAUGGUGCCCCAGUCAUUAGCACAAAUGGCUCCCGGACAGCAUCAACCCAUCAGCUCACUCAGCCAACAACAGCAGCAACACCUGAAGCUCCAGCAGGUAAUGCAGGCAAGAGUAUUACAGCAACAACAACAACAACAACAACAACAACAGCAACAACAACAACAACAACAACAACAACAACAACAAAAACAGCAGCAGCAGCAGCAACAACAGCAACAACAGCAGGCUCCACAGGUCCAGCAGGCAGGCCAGCUCGCUGCAGUUCCUGGCCAGAUGAUGCCCCAUCCUGGGAUGCAAAUUCCACCUCGGUUGCCCCGCGCCACCCCGAACUCUGCCAUUCCUCAAAACCCUGUUGCCAUUGGAGGACAGCAAAUGCCACAGGGUCAACAAAUGAUGUCAUCACCCUCCUCAGUUCAGGUGCAGACGCCCCAGCCGAUGCCACCUCCCCCCCAGCCUCAGCCAUCCCCCCAGCCUCCUUCCUCUCAGCCCAACUCUGUCAGCUCUGGUCCAACCCCUUCUCCUGGAGGUUUCCAACCCAGCCCCUCUCCUCAGCCAUCCCAGAGUCCUGCAUCUUCACGCACCCCCCAGAGUUACCCCCUCCAGGUACCUUCACCAGGACCUCUCAAUACACCAGGCAAUCCAAGCUCUGUAAUGAGCCCAGCAGGGGCCUCACAAUCUGAGGACCAGCUUUACAUGGACAAACUGAAGCAGCUGUCAAAAUAUAUCGAGCCGCUGCGCAGAAUGAUUAACAAAAUAGACAAAAAUGAAGAUAGGAAGAAGGAUUUGAGCAAAAUGAAAAGUUUGCUCAACAUUUUGACUGACCCCAACACAAGAUGUCCACUUAAAACACUACAGAAGUGUGAAAUAGCAUUGGAGAAACUAAAGAAUGACAUGGCAGUGCCGACUCCUCCCCCUCCUCCAGUGCCCUCUACCAAAAAGCAGUACCUGUGCCAGCCGCUGCUGGAUGCUGUCUUGGCCAACAUCCGCUCCCCGGUUUUCAACCAUUCACUUUACCGCACGUUUGCUCCUGCUAUGACAGCAAUUCAUGGACCCCCAAUCACGGGUCCCUCAAUUCCUUCCCGUAAACGGAAGCUGGAUGAUGACGAGCGCCAGACCAUCCCUAACAUACUUCAAGGGGAGGUGGCUCGUCUUCAUUCCAAAUUCCUGGUCAAUCUAGACCCGUCCUUUUGCAGCAACAAUGGAACGGUGCAUCUCGUAUGUAAACUAGAUGAUAAAAAUCUUCCCAGUGUUCCCCCUCUUCAGCUGAGCAUUCCAGCGGACUACCCCGAUCAGAGCCCCCACUGGGAAGAUGACGGUCAGCAGUAUGAGGCCAACCCCUUCUUGCAGAGUGUGCAUAAGAACAUGACCUCUAAACUCCUUCAGCUUCCUGACAAGCACUCGGUGACGGCGCUGCUGAACACCUGGGCUCAAAGCGUGAGGCAGGCUUGCCUUUCAGCUGCUUAGAAUGUAUUCCCAUCAGCACUAUCAGCCCAGUAUAAUCCUUGCACCUCUAUGGAAUGAUGGCAAUAUAUUAAUACUUAGUCAUUUUUUAUUUACCUGAAUUAUAAUCUGUUUUGUUUAGUCCCGUACACUAAGGCCUUAACUGUUUGUGCAUUGCUUCAUUAAUAAAGACAUUUAAACUGC